AUGUGUUAGUUGGUACGACGAUCUUUUUCUUGUCCUACCAGUACAGGCAAGUGAUAACUAGCUAUUUAUAGUGCAGUGCUACUGAUGAUAAUGCUUGUUUCUCUGAGGUGUCUGAUGAAUGUCCUCCAGCGAAGGUGUCUCCACACAUGGCCUAACAUUCGUCCUGUGACUAGUGCACUUGAGCUGGCCAGUGGUGCUCUAAUAAAUGGACCUAACCCUCCCACUUCAGCUCAGCUAAUCCAUCUACUGGAGAGCAAAGCUACUCAAGUCUUUGAGGAGCUAAGGGACCACGCUAUCAAUGGACAAGCUGUCUUCACAAACAGUGAGCUCUCCCUCAAGUACAUUGACGUGUACGGGUUUGACUUUGAUUACACGCUGGUGCACUACAAGCAGUCCGUCCUGCGCCUCAUCUAUGGCCUGGCCAAGAACAGAUUAGUCGAGCAACUCAACUACCCUACCUGUAUCCGUGAGUUGUCCUUUGACCCCUCCUUUGCUAUUCGAGGUCUACACUGUGACAUAAAGCGUGGCUAUGUCAUGAAAGUGGACGCGUACAACCACAUCCAACUCACCUCAGUAUACAGAGGGCACGAGCCAGUAAGUACAGAGGAAGUAGUGGCGGCAUACGGAGGUACACAUGUUCCAAUGACGGUGAUGGACAGUCUCUCCCGGAGCAGCACCUGGAAGCUCACUCAGUUCCUUGACCUCUUCUCAAUACCUGAGACUGCAUUAUUUGCUGACCUUAUGCAAUACAUGAUAGACCACGGGAUCAGCUUUGACCCAGAGUAUUUGUUUGAGGAUGUUCAGAACACUGUGUAUAACAUUCAUCAGUCAGGGGAGAUUCAUCGCAUCAUUGCUAGGGACCCUGAUACAUACCUCGAGAGUCAACCUGUCUUGAGAGAGUUGCUCAACCGAUUGCAAUGCUCUGGAAAGAAACUGUUCAUCAUCACCAACUCUCCCUUCUGGUUUGUAGACAAGGGUAUGAGUCAUCUCCUCGGCUCUUCUGAUUGGAGGGAUCUAUUUGACGUUGUAGUGACCAACGCACGGAAACCCAGCUUCUACAGUGACUCUCACAGGCCAUUCCGGACACUGAACUCUGACCUCACGUCCCCCAGCUGGCAGCCAAUAACUCAGCUCACUAAGGGUGGUGUCUAUCUCCAAGGCAACGUCAGUGACUUCAUGUCCUUCACUGGAUGGAAUGGAGCUAGUGUCCUUUACUUUGGAGACCACGUCUUCUCUGACCUCGCAGACCCUAUUCUACAACUGGGCUGGAAGACAGGGGCCAUCCUACCAGAGCUGGAGAGAGAGAUAGAGACAUCCAACUCCACCACCUUCAAGUCUCAGCUGGCUGAUUUGCUGUCCCUGGAGAGCCUGCUACAGAGGAGGCAGAACUAUUGCGAUGCUGACAUAGAGAAGUUGCUCGAGAGUUGGAAAGUGAAGAGGGAUAUUAAAAGGAAGUACCUGAAGGAGGCACACAACGUCCGGUUUGGCAGUGUGUUUAGAACAGAGAAGAACCCGACAUACUUCAGCCGUCGCCUGGCCACCUUCUCCAACCUGUACACCUCCUCUCUCAACAACCUCAUGAACUAUUCUCUGGACUACACCUUCAUUCCGAGGAGGGCAGCCCUACCACAUGAACCAGACCUUAACUUUGAUUUUUGAUUGAUUCAUUAUUUUUCUCAAGAGUUUGGCUUUUAUAUUAUGUUUUAAUGAAACUUGCUCUGAACAAUU